AUCAUGGCCAUCUCCUCUUUCUCUCUCUACUGUUUUCUCUCUCUUUGGCUAGGCCAGGCUCUUCUGCUUCAAGCUUCUCACCAUGUUUACAGAAACCUUCAAACUUCCCUAGUAGCUGACUCACACCACCAAGUUAAAGAACCCUACAGAACUGGUUACCAUUUCCAGCCUCCCAAGAAUUGGAUCAAUGAUCCUAAUGGGCCAUUGAUUUANAAGGGAAUUUACCAUCUAUUCUAUCAAUACAACCCCAAAGGUGUAGUUUGGGGGAACAUUGUGUGGGCCCACUCCACAUCAACUGAUCUUGUUAACUGGACCCCACAUGAUGCCGCCAUCUACCCGUCGCAGCCGUCGGAUAUCAACGGCUGCUGGUCGGGAUCCGCCACGAUCCUCCCUGGGGGCAAACCGGUCAUUUUAUACACCGGAAUAAACCCCCAAAACGAACAAGUCCAGAACCUGGCCUAUCCCAAGAACCUCUCAGACCCAUACCUUAGGGAGUGGACCAAGGUCCCCCAAAAUCCACUAAUGGCACCCACCCAAGCCAACCAAAUCAAUGCAAGCUCAUUUAGGGACCCAACCACUGCUUGGCUAGGCCCAGAUAAGAGAUGGAGGGUGAUCAUUGGAAGCAAGAGGGACCAAACGGGGUUUGCAAUCCUGUACAGGAGCAAAGAUUUCCUUAACUGGGUCAAGGCCAAACACCCACUUCACUCAGCAAAGAAAACUGGAAUGUGGGAGUGUCCAGAUUUUUACCCAGUCUCAAUUAAGGGGCAAAAUGGUCUUCACACAUCAGAAAAUGGUCCAGAUGUGAAGCAUGUGCUCAAGGCUAGCUUGGACAACACUAAGCGAGAGUACUAUACAAUUGGGACAUAUAACAUUCACAAGGAUAUCUAUAUCCCGGAUAAGGGCUCAGUGGAGAGUGACGCAGGCUUGAGAUAUGAUUAUGGGAAGUUUUAUGCUUCAAAAACUUUCUUCGACAGUUCUAAGAACCGUAGGAUAUUGUGGGGUUGGAUUAAUGAAUCUUCAAGUGUGGAGGAUGAUACCAAGAAGGGAUGGUCUGGAAUUCAGGCAAUUCCAAGGAAAAUCUGGCUUGAUAAAUCUGGAAAACAAUUGGUACAAUGGCCAGUGGCUGAAAUAGAAAAGCUGCGUGAAAAGGAGGUCAAGUUGCCAAGCAGUGUGCUUAAGGGAGGAUCAGUGCAUGAAGUACUUGGUGUCACAGCAGCACAGGCAGAUGUAGAUAUUACUUUUGAAAUAAGUGAUUUUAAGAAAGCAGAAGUUCUAGACCCAAGUUGGACAGACCCACAACUUUUGUGUAGCCAAAAGGGUGCAUCAGUUAAAGGAGGUUUAGGGCCAUUUGGGUUACUAGUUUUGGCUUCAAAGGGCUUGAAAGAAUACACAGCAGUAUUCUACAGAAUAUUCAAAGGUCACAACAACAAAUAUGUGGUGCUCCUCUGCAGUGACCAAAGCAGGUCUUCCUUAAAUCAGGAUAAUGAUAAGACCACUUAUGGGGCUUUUCUAAAGGUGGAUCCUCUGCAUGAGAAGCUCUCACUAAGAAGCUUGAUAGAUCACUCCAUAGUGGAGAGCUUUGCCGGACAAGGGAAGGCGUGCAUCACAGCUAGAGUUUAUCCCACAUUGGCCAUUGAUGUUGAUGCCCACUUGUAUGCCUUCAAUUAUGGAACCGAGGAUGUAAAAAUCACAGGGAGUGCAUGGAGCUUGAAAACAGCAGAAAUCAAUUGAAUUAAUUAUAAUUAUAUACAUAUAUAUACAUCUAGUGGAGAGGACUCUUGGGAGAAGGAGAAGAAAAGCUUGGAAAUAUUAUUCAUUCUUAUGAUCUUGGUUCCACAUAAUUGAGAUUAAUAACUAUUAAAACUAUUUUUCAAUCGAGAUUGCUGCAAGUUUCCCACUA